AAAAAAUUUGGACUCGGCACUGUGGGUACAGAAUAUGACGUAGCAGACGACGGAGCGUCGUCCUCGUGCUUGGCAACCGGAAAUGCAGCAAGAUGUAGCAGCACUAGAAAAUUACCGGCCACAUCUAGACCAUGGACGCCAGCUGAGAAAAACGCUUUCUUCCGCGCACUCUCCGUCUACUCGCGUUGGCGACCUGAUCUGAUCGCUGCGGCUGUCCCGACGCGAACCGUUUGGGAGGUCGACUCAUACCUCAUAGCUCUUGAAGAAGGUGCUACGCUCCUAGACAUGGCAGAGAACGGAGACGAAUCUCUGUCGGACCUCGAUUUCGACGAAGGAGACUCCGGUUCUGACGUGGAAUUGGAGCCCGCAUACGAAGUUUCGGAUGCGUGGGUGGCGGUAGAGGAGGCUCUCGCAUCAUACAUCGUUCAAGGGGAAAACUCCGCUUUGCUUGAACGGUAUCGGAAUUCCUUUGUUGCGGAGAAAGGAAGGGCAAAGGAGAAGCGUCCGCGCCACAGACCUCGUAUUGAUGGUGAUGCUAAGGCUAAGCUUCGUUGUCGACGGAGGGGUGCAAAGAGAUUCGCUUCAGACGCCGAUGCACAGUUACAGGGGGGCGCCGAUUCGGAACACGUGGGCGGGACACAGGGAGAUCGAUCCACCGUUGCAAGCGAGGUGCAAACUGUAAGUUCAGAUGAGCCUCCUGCAAAGCGCUUCUGCUUGGAGAAACGUGGAGAUUACUUGGCAUGCCUCGGAGAUGCUCAUUUAAGCGCGCUGGAUGCUAUUCUCAAAGAUGAUGAUGAAUUGUUGAGGAUGGAAAAGAACCAGAGAGAAAACCAGGAUAGUGCGAGCCUGCCCCUUGCAACUCGGGAGAAGAGCACUCCCGAUCCCGCCCGCGAACGAGAAAUGCAGACCGUAAUGAAUGUGACUGAAACGAUUGCUGGCGAUCCUUCUAAUGCCGUCAUUGACCCGGAGCUGUUGGCAAUUUCUGGAGUCCCAAUCAACAUCACUACAACGAUGUCAUCCAUCCCCACCAGAAGCGUAGUGGCCACUGACCGAUCCCUCUUGGCCUCGAGUGGUCCACCACUAACCGAAGCCGCUGUAGCACAUGCCACUCGACCAGAUACUGCUGAUUUUAUGCAGAGUGGCGUUCGAGCGGUGAACGAAGACCUUGCUAUAUUAAACCCCAACCUUCUUUCUCCGAAAUCACGGCGCCGACUCCAGAAACGCCUCUACAUGCGACGACGUCGGGCCAAAUUGCAGGGAAAGGAGGCAGCUUCUUAUGGCGUGACCGAAUUUGAGAGCGCUGGCAUCGGACAGAGCGUGGGCCUAGGUCUCUUGAAGGCAGGUCCUAAAACCAAAGUCAAAAGGCGAGGAACGACACCGAAGUCGUCUGCGCCUACGUCGGACGCCGAGUCGGACGACGGAGGGCCCGCCAAGGCGAAGCGGUUCACACGCGGUUUGACAUUGCGACCCAAGCUCAGGUCGAUAUUCAGUAAGCUUGAUAUCGAUGCAGCUUACCUCCGUGCCCAGGGGGUGGAUUUGUUACAUUUGAACGCAUUGGCACGAUUGAUGGGCAUGGGUCAUCGUCAGCCGAUGAAAGCACCUAAUGAGGUUGAAGAAGAGAUACCCUUUUCUAUAGACGUAACCCUGAUUCAGCACCUUCAAGCUGCCGUGGUAUUUUUUGUGACAGAUGUCAUAUGCCGUGCGAUCGCAUGGAAAGAAGGGCAGAUCCGGCUCAAGAAGGGCAGCCUGGCGUGGAGGUCCAGUGAUCAGAGUCUCACUGCAAGCGCCAUCAAACAUGCGGUCGAGACGCUGAGCGUUCGGUACAGAAGUCAUAAAGAGUUCUUUACCGAAUUCUGCUCCCGUAAUGAUGCCGAGUCGAGCAACGCUGAAAAUGAAUUUGAUGCCACUCAUCAUUCUAAUAGUUCCAACGGCCUCUCCGCCAGGUCCAGAGAUGGAGAGGGAUGUGAAAAUGAAGAUCCGGCCGUGCCUAUGAUAUCCACCCAUAGAGACAUACAUAUGCCGUUCAUCCGCCCGCCACCCGCCCUAGGAUUGCAUCCGCUGGAUUGUUUUUCGAGGAUAUACAUGCGGGAAGCGGCGGGACGUGCGGAUCGUGUUGCGGACCGCGAGGAUGAGGAGGAUGCAGAUUGGAUGUCGAGUGAAACAGAUGAGGAGACGCUGGAAGCAGAGCUGAGAGAAGACGAGGCAUUGGACGAAGAGGACAUGGAAAGUGCUGAAGAGUACGAGGAGAUGCUCUGGGAGGCUCUGGGAGAAGCUUCAGGUAGUGCUAUGAUAGACGAGGGUCCGUGCGCGUAGACAAUAAAGAUUUUAAUUUUUG